UCCGCUAACUCAACACUACCAUUAAUUUUGAAGAAUCAAGGGAUUAAACAGUACCACUUGAGGCAUACAAAAGGUUUGCCCCUCAUGAUGUAUCAUAAAAUGGAGUGGGGUGGGCAUCAAGAGCUGGUGGCUGACUCAGUGGCUUCCGGUGGCGUUGCCACUCCUAAUUAUGAUGUUAAUCGUAGCAGUUUUCCAGUGGGAUUCAUAUUUGGCACAGCAUCAUCUUCUUACCAGUAUGAAGGUGCAGCAAACGAAGGUGGUAAAGGACCAAGUAUAUGGGACACUUUCACUCAGAGAUAUCCAGAUAAGAUAAAGGACCAUACUAGUGGGGUGCUUGCGGCCGAUGAUUCAUAUCAUCGUUACAAGGAAGAUGUGGGUAUAAUGAAGGACAUCGGAUUUGAUGCUUACAGAUUUUGUAUCUCUUGGUCCAGGCUACUACCUAAUGGAAAUUUGAGUAGGGAAGUGAACCUUGAAGGCAUUGCAUAUUACAACAAUCUCAUAAACGAGCUACUAUCCAAUGGACUGAAGCCAUUUGUGACUCUUUUCCACUGGGACCUUCCACAAGUGCUUGAUGACACCUAUGGUGGUUUUUUGAAUCCCCAAAUUGUGAAUGACUUCAUAGAAUAUGCUGAGCUAUGCUAUAGAGAAUUUGGUGAUAGAGUGAAGCAUUGGAUGACCUUUUUUGAGCCACUCACCUUCACUAUCUUGGGGUAUGCAUAUGGUUUAUUUCCACCAGCCAGGUGCUCAAACCGGUUAAUCUGUGCUGGGGGUGAUUCGGCAACUGAACCCUAUGUGGUUGCACACCACCAGAUUCUUGCUCAUGCAGCUGCAGUCAACGUCUAUAGGGACAAAUACCAGCCAUCUCAGAAGGGAGAAAUUGGGAUUGCACUAAAUUCACCAUGGAUCGUGCCAUUAAUCCAGUCAGCUGCAGACAAUGAUGCAGCAUCUCGAGCCCUUGCUUUCACCUAUGGCUGGUUUAUGGAACCACUAAAUUCUGGUUCCUACCCAGCUGAAAUGGUUACCCAUGUCCGAGAACGUCUGCCACAAUUUUCCAGUGAGCAAUUAUCUUCAAUGGUUAAAGGAUCUUUCGAUUUCAUUGGGAUAAACUAUUACACUGCAAAUUACGCUUCAGAUUUUCCUUGCCAAACUCAUCAGCUUAGCUACCUCACAGAUUCAUGCCUAAGCAUCACAAGUGAGCGAAAUGGGAUUCCCAUCUGUCCAAAGGCUGCUUCGGACUGGCUUUUUAUUUAUCCACAAGGAAUUCAAGAUCUUUCGCUCUACACAAAAAAUAAAUUCAACAACCCAGUCAUCUACAUAACUGAAAACGGAGUCGAUGAGCUUAAUAAUGGUAAAGUACUGUCUCUUGAAGACGACAUGAGAAUUGACUUCUACAAUAGCCAUCUUUCAUUUGUUCAAAGUGCUAUUAUGAAUGAAGUCAAUGAAAGGGGAUACUUUGCAUGGUCAUUGUUGGACAACUUCGAAUGGGGCGAUGGAUAUACCGUUUGCUUUGGGAUCAUCCAUGUAGAUUGUGAGGACGAGUUAAAAAGAUACCCUAAAAACUCCGCUAAGUGGUUCAAGAAGUUUCUCCAAAAUGAACAUCAGAAAGAAGCGUCUCAUUUUUUAUGGACCUCCUCUUCUUGAGUAUUUAUCUCAAAUUACAUGUUGCAAUAGACUAAUAGAGUACUAAAAGUUUGGAUUGGGAUCCAUCGGAAUUCGGUGCAAUUCCAGUAGCUCCUAGUGAGAUGGGAGAUAUGAGGCCCACCUACUGUUAUAUGUUGCAAUAGAAUACUAAAAGUUUAGAUCGAGAUCCACUUAUAUUCGACGCAAUUCGGACAAUAAAUUUAAGGGAAUCUUGAUUCAAUAUCAAAUCAAAGGAUUGAGAUCUCCUACAAUUGGGGUGUUUGAAUUUGCAUUAUAGUUUGGACAGCCCACAAUGAGAAGGCUAUAUGGCCACUUGAUCAAGACAUUUGGUUGUCUAAAGCAGGUAAGUUUCACAAUCCCCCAUUUGUAGAUUGUUUGAAUUGUAUUGCAAUUCAGACACUCCAAUUGUAAGGGAUUUUAAUUUCAAAUAAAAUUUUAAUGUGGCGUUUGGAUA